GCUCGUGUUGUUGUGAUCUCCGCGAGCGGAACACGCCUGUCCCGCUCGGUCACGUGCGCAAGGAGCUCGCUCCCCAUUGGCUGGAGAGGACCACUCUGCUCGGGGACGCGGAGACGUCGGAACCCAGCGGAGACGACUCGACGCGACGAAGAGAACAAGAAACAAGAAGACGACACCCGAAAGAAAAAAGUCCGCCUCGCGAUGGCCGACGGUCGCGCGUCGCCGUCGCCACCACGCCGGCGUCCCAGAGGCCCGGACGACGACGCCUCGCCGUCCGAGCGCCGCGUCUGGCUGCCGGUGCGGCGCGCCCGCCUGGGGGAGGCGUGCCGGCAAAGCGCCGCCGCCCUCCUGGGCCUCAGAAUCCCGCUGGCGCCGCUCUUUGACGUCCACCAGGUGCCUGAGGUUUUCCGCGAGGACGGCAUCCUGUCGGGCUACCGUCACCCGCGGAGUUCGGCGCUGGACUGCCUGCUCAGUAGCUUCCGCUUGAACAACGAGACCCUCAACAUCUGGACGCACUUCCUGCCCACCUGGUACUUCUUGUGGCGCCUGGCGUCGCUGAGCCGCAGCGUCAACUUUUGGAGCGACGCCUACACGUGGCCCCUGCUAUCCUACAUGCUGCCGGCCUGCGCCUACCCCUUGGCCUCCUGCUGCGCGCACACCUUCAGCGCCAUGUCGGCCGAGUGGCGACACGUCUGCUACUUCCUAGAUUACGCCGCCCUCAGCCUCUACAGCCUCGGCAGCGCCAUCUGCUACGGCCGCUACGUGAUGCCCGACGCCUGGCUGGACGGUUGGCUGCACCGCCACUUUGUGCCCGUCGCCCUGGUCAACAGCUUCUUCUGCACCGCCGUCUCCUGCUACUCGAGGUCGGUGGAGGCGGACUUCCCUCAGAAGAGCAAAGCGUUGCGCACGGCGGCCUUCGCGGUGCCCUUCGUCUUUGACAGCUUGCCCGUCUUCUACAGGCUGCUGGCGGCAUGCGGAGGCGGCGGCGAUGGCAGCAGUGGCGGCGGCGAGGCUCUGCUCGCCCAUUUUUACCAGGUGACCUUGGCCUUGCUCACCUGCUUCCUCUUCACGUCACACCUGCCCGAAAGGUUGGCGCCGGGCCGCUUCGACUACUUUGGCCAUAGCCAUCAGCUAUUCCACGUGUGCGCGGUAGCGGCGACGCACUUCCAGAUGAGGGCGGUGCUGAGCGACAUGACGUGGCGGCGGGCGCGACUGGAGGCGGCGGGGCCCGCCCCUUCCCUGCGCGCCACGGCCGGCGCCCUGGCCCUGGGCCUGGCCCUCAACGCCGUCGUGGUGGCCCUCUUUAGCGCGCCCCUUCUUCGCCGCCGCCGCCGUGCGACAAACUCCUCAGCGCAAGGAUGACAAAAGCUUUCAACGGAUGGCACCGAAAGGUUGAUUCCCUUCGGGCUGGGUUAUUGAUCGUAUCGCACCAUUAGGUCACUUUCUUGGUUCCGGGGUGGAUCUAAACCCUGUAUUUUCAUCGGCUGCCAUUGAUGACGAUAGUUGAACCGGAUCUGCUUUACGAAUGGACCGUUUCUACAUUUUAACACGGAAAACACAUCUCCUAAACGGGCUUUAAUGUUGCUCCAUAAACGAAUUGAUUGGCUGCUAGUCCAACGUCCCAUCUAUUUGGACCGGACCGCUAACGAUGGAACCGAUGACAAUUAGUUGAAAAUGGAGCAAGUAACAAAUGGAUUUUAAUGUCCGCUCAUUGUGUUUGAUGUUAAAGUUGCCCCUGCUAAGAUGGCUGCCACACGGGCACACCUUUAUGCUAACUAUGCUAUACUGGGAGGGCUAGCAGUGAUUGUACAGGGGACAAGUUAUAGCUGUUGUUGUUGUUUUCUGUCAUUAUUGGGAGGAAUCGAGAAAGCCACAGGUACGCGGCGGCCAUGUCAGGAAGGGCAACUUUGUUCGAUCGCUGCCGACUCUCCCGUUCUAAAUGGAUUGGACGUCGAUCACUGUCAUUGGCGGCGAAGGAGUUCACGUUACCGUGAAGCAUUAUCGUUUCAUCGUUGCCGAAAAUCCCGGUCAUAAUGGAUUAGAUGUCUAUCAGGGGUCCCCAACCUAUUCCACUAAGGCACACUGUGGGUGCAGGAUUUCAUUCUUACCAAACAAGAUGACAACACUUUUUCCCCAAUCUGGUGUUUUACAAGUGCAAUCAGUUGAUUGCAGUCAGGUGUGGCUUGUUUUAGCAGAAGCCUCAUUGGUUCAACUGUCUCUGCUGGAUCGGCUGGAACAAAAACCAGGACCCACAGUGUGCCUUGAGGACUGGGUUGACUAUCGUCAUCAAUGGCAGUCAAUGAGUUCAGCUAUUUGGUCACGGCCCAAAGCCACAGGAGGGCGCCGCCGCGUAUCGGCUUGGAAUUCACUGAAACGGGCUUCCUGUGCGGUGCUCAUUUUUGCAACUUGUCCACAAACACAACACUGCCUCAUAUUUUAGUCUUCUUUUUAGAAAUGUAUUUAAUUCAGUUGUGAUGUUCUUGACACCAAAAAAAAUGACAAACGGCUAACUAUUUUUUAUUUACCAGCAUGUAUUUGUACUGUCAUUUUAUUUUGGGAAAGUUUUCUAGAGUUUUGGGCCAAAAUGAGAUUUGAAAAGGGGUUAAACCAUUCCAAAUAACAUGAGGUCCUUUUAUAUUUGUCAUGAAAUCCACAUUUUUUUUUGGUCUUUUAUACAACAUACGACCCUGAAAAAUUGACACAAAUAUUUUUUAUUUUUGGUACUUGGGAUUUUGGACAAAACUUUAGUGUACAUGGAACAAAAAGUGGUACCUUGAUUUAAGAGUAGGGCUGGGUGAUGAGCCCCCAAAUCAAUCUGAAAUCCCUCCAUAUCAUAAAAAAAGCCCAAAAAUUUCAAAUUAAAAAAAAAAUUUUUUUUUUUUAAAUCGCCCUGGCCUACUGAGGAGUGUGACCAUGCUCAUACCUCAAAACACUUGUACGUCAAAUCAUCUGGUACAAUAUGAUUCGUUUUUGCCUUUUUUUCAGUCACUAAUCAAACAUUUUGAAAGCCAGUGGAAAAAGCGUGGCAACGGGAAGUGCUUUCAUGAAGCGUAACAUUUUGUAGAGUUUCAAAGUAAAAAGCAAAUGUCUUAUUUUGAAAAAACGGGAGACUAUUUCCUUUUUGGCCGCCAGAGACGUCUAUGGCCGCCUAUGGAAACGCACGUGACUCGAGGGUCCAGAGGCGGGGUCGCACAUUGUGGUGGAUGUAGAAGCACUAAACACGCACUUACUGUAUUAAUAAUAAUGAUAACGAUAAAAAUGUGUUGUGUUUUUGGUGGAAAAUCUCAGAAAAGAAACAUUUCCACAUCCUACCAUGAUUUAGUCUUCAUAUGUUUUGUCUGUGUCCUCUACAGGAAUAUCCACUCAUUGGCGGUGAUAGACAUCCAAUCAUCUUUAAAUGGAUUGGACGUCUGUCACUGUCAAUGGCACUGAAAGAGUUAAGAAGCGGUCUGGAAAGAAGCAGGGAAAAAAAGGGGAAAAAAUGGCUGCUUUGGAAUGUAUUGGUCAACUAUUUGAAUGUAGAUAUUUUUUCUAUGCCAACUUUUCGACUAAUAAAUGGAAAUUCUUUAAUAAAAAA